GCUAAAAUGACUACUGUUCGUGCUUUAUUAGCCUUGGCUUCCAUCAAAGGAUGGGCUAUUGAGCAAUUAGAUGUAAAUAAUGCUUUCUUACAUGGGGAUCUUCUAGAAGAAGUGUAUAUGAAAAUUCCUCAAGGCUUAACACCUCCUUCUGACAUUAAACGACAUGUCUGUCGCUUAACAAAGUCCCUUUAUGGUUUAAAACAAGCAAGUCGACAAUGGAACUCAAAACUAACUGAAUUCUUACUAGCUAAUGGUUUUAUUCAAUCUAAGGCAGAUCAUACUCUUUUUACUAAACAUUCUGAUGAUAAAUUCUUAGCCUUGUUAGUCUAUGUUGAUGAUGUGAUAUUAACAGGUGAUGAUUUAGUGGGAAUGAGGUCAAUUAAAUCUAAACUUGAUGCUGCUUUCAAAAUUAAGGACUUAGGACCCCUACGUUACUUUCUUGGGUUAGAAAUUGCUAGAAAUUCUACUGGACUAACUCUAUGUCAAAGGAAAUUUGCUUUAGACAUCAUUGCAGAUGUUGGUUUACUUGCUGCUAAGGUUGCAGAGUCUCCUUCUGAACCCAAUGUUCGAUAUUCUACUUCUUCUGGUGAACCACUUUCUAAUCCUUCUCCUUAUAGAAGAUUGAUUGGUAGAUUACUGUACUUAUGCACCACACGACCUGAUAUUCAAUAUGCUGUGCAUCAUCUAACGCAAUUUGUAGCUAAUCCUACUGAUUUACACAUGCAUGCUGCAAACAGAUUAGUUAGGUUCAUUAGAAACAAUCCUGGCAAAGGUUUGUUUUUUCCAUCCGAUUCAGCUGUAGGUUUGUCUGCUUUCUCAGACUCAGACUGGGCUGGUUUUCCUGACACUCGCAGGUCCACCACUGGUUUUUGCGUUUUUCUUGGCAAAUCUUUGAUUGGCUGGCGUCAGGGGCGGACCCACGGGUGUUUAGGGGUGUCCCCGGACACCCCUAAAUUUUUGGAAAACGAUUAUCCAACCCCGUUAGUAAUUUACGUAUUGACAAAAAAAUUAUAGUUGAUAGUCGGGGACACCCCUAAAUUUUAAAAAAAUGAUUAUCCUACUCUCAUCUUUUAGUUUGAGUAUGAGAAUAUAAAUCGUAGUUUGGGUAAUUCAAACCUAGGACACUUUUAUUAUUAAUAAACAUAAUUUUCAUUAGGCUACAACUCAGAUGUUAUUCGAUUUUAAACAUUGUGUAAUAGUUUAAUGUCAUUCUCUAUCUCUAAUUAUUUUCAAAAUCUAACAAUUAAACAAAUUUCAAGCUACCCUUAAUUUGUAUUGAUUUAUGGUUGUACAACAAGUAUUGAAAGAGUCUUUUCAGCUUUGGAUUACAUCAAGAACAAGUUUAGAAAUUGAAUAUGUUAUCAGUUCGUGAAUGAUUGUCUAAUAUGAUAUACAGAGACAAUUUUUUUUGAAUAGUGUAGACCCCAAGUGUGUUCUACAAUCAUUUUUUAAUAUGAAAAUACAUUGUGAAUUUUUCAAAACUGUAUGAGUAAAGUAUUUCUUAUUUAAAUAUUAUUUAUUAAUUAUUUUAGAAUUAUUUGUAUUUAAUUUAUUUUUUAAAAGAUGACACCCCUAUAUAAAAUUUCUGGGUCCGCCACUGGCUGGCGUUCCAAGAAACAAACAACCAUUAGUCGAUCAUCUGCAGAAGAAGAAUAUCGAGCAAUGGCUGAUGUGUCUUGUGAAUUACAGUGGCUCAGUUACUUGUUUCAUGAUCUUAAUGUCCAGUUUGCUGAUCCAUUUGCUUUAUAUUGUGAUAAUACUUCUGCUAUAAGAAUUGCAGAAAAUCCAGUGGCACACGAACGCACCAAACACAUCGAGAUCGACUGCCAUCUCAUCCGGGAGAAAGUUGCAGCCCGACUCAUCAAAUUGUUCUACAUUUCCACUGACAGCCAACUUGCCGAUGUUCUCACCAAGUCACUACCGAUACAUAGGUUUGUAGAAUUGAUAGGCAAGCUGGGCAUGUGUGAUAUACAUGCUCCAGCUUGAGGGGGGGUGAUAGAAUAUAGUACAAAGUGUAAUUUUGUUGUUUUCAGGGUAGUCAUUGUAACUAGUAGUUUGUAUAGGUACUAAGUAGUAAUUUGGUGAACAUUAUAAAGGCUGUACAGUGUAACAAAAACAAUUACCGGUUUAUGCAAUAAUCACUUUUUCACUAAAUCUGGCACGGCCGGCCUGCUUGUUUUGUCACAUCACUUCCCCAAUUUAACCCAGGCAAAUCCAUUGCCUUUCAAGUCCAAUGGGUAUUCACAUGCUACUCUUCGUCCCCCACCAAUAGCUAGCGGUUUACGUCUUUCAGUUACGUUCUUUGCACCUUUGCAUAAUAUAUUGUCAUUUUUAUUACACGAACGAACUAAUUAUUCUCAACAACGGUAAGUUAUUGGACAGACAACACUAAUUAAUUCAGCUGUAAUUUAUUAUAUGCUGUACGUUCUAAACAAAAAAAAAUCAACUCGUGAACUUGAAAUAUGUGGUCGUCAAGCAGAUCCGACAAGGCUUCAUAGAAGACUCAAUUGGUGGUCUGAUGCUACGAGAGUGUCGUCAGAUCCUUAGCUCCUUGUCCAUUUGUAUAGAGUUUAGGGCGGUACCUAGAAGGCUAGAACUGCCAACAGUGCUGCCCAUAGAGUGGCGCGUAAAGCACUGCUUUUGUCUCAUCUAGAGCUAGAAUCUUUCGAUUUUUUGGGGUGGCUUCAUUAGAAUAUAUUGUAAGGGGUCCUGGGUAGAUUUGUACGAAUAACUCUUGUCCUCUAUUGAUAUCACUCAUAAAUAAAUAAAAAAUAAAAAUAAACUUGAAAUAUGUAAAUGUCAUUAAUGGCGGAGCUAUAGGGUGAAGUCGGAAGGGGGUACAUUAUUAUUUCGCUCAACUUUGAAAUACAACUAUAUGUAAAACGCAUAACAAAUAUUGAAAAUAGAGUAAUCGCGCGCGGUAAGGGUUUAGCCAUCUUUCCCAGUGACCGCGAUUCAAAUCUGCCCCUCACUUUCGUAGUUCUGGCUCUACCAUUGUAUGUCAUGUUUUGUGUUUAAAUCAAUCUCUAAAUACUGAAAAUCAUUAAAAAAAAAAAUUCGAACACAUACGUACACGAUCACUUCCAAUUAUAUGACAAAUUAAGGAUAAGGACGGCAUAAGAGGAUAUUGUUUGUAAUUAAACUUGGUGCCAAUUGCCACAAUAUUUUGCCGUCGAUGGUACAUACUAGAAAAAUGAUAAAAGGAAGAAUUUGGUUUACGUACGUGUAUAGUGCCCAAUAAAGAAAAGACAACCUUAGAAGCUUGCAACAACGUGGCGACCAUGAUUUGGUAUCGUUUUCAUUUCCCACGUACGCGUUCGUUUUGUAUCGUGUGUUUGUCGUAAUAUUGUGUGGGAUGCCCAUGUCGAUAUAUCGUCAGAACGUAGUACUCCAAAAUUAUUGGGAUUCUUGUGAUAGAUUAGCCUUAUCAGUUAAGUGAAUUGGAUUGUAUAUAAAAUAUGGUUUCAUAUUUACAUGUGAAAGGAAAGGACAUGCCGAUGCCAAGCAUUCGUUAUGAAGCGAUGCCGAGUGUUGAUUAAAAGAAGAUUUAACACAACAGAAGUUAUUGAUGUGGCCGUUUUUUGUUUUGGCUUUAUAACUAGUGUUGGCAGAAAAGUUCACGGAUUGUUAGAGAGCGGUAUAAGAUCUAGCAAAAACUUCUCCCAACAACUCGAGUUAUUGGAAUCAACUGGUUCUUGAUACGGUAUCAGAGCUUGUUUGGUCAAGUGGUCGUGUGUUCGAAUCUCCACAACCCCCCACUAUUAACCGUUGAUUAAAGCACAAUGUAUGGUGGGCCUAUGCAAACUUCAAGUUCAUGUUUUGGCUUUCGUUUGAGGGGCCAUGUUAGAGAGUGGUACAAAAUUCAGCAAACUGGUUCUUGACACUGAAUAGGAUAUUUAUCAAAACCAGUCAAUUGGGGCAAAAUAUGCACUAAUCACAUUCAGGGGCGAACCCAGGGGGUUUUAGGGGUGUCUACGGAGGGGUGUCUCCGGACACCCCUAAAUUUCGGGAAAAUGAUUAUCCAACCCCCGGUGGUAAUUUACGUAUAGACAAAAAAAAAUAUAAUUGAUAGUGAGGGACACCCCUGAAAUUUGAAAAAAUGAUUAUCCUGCUGUCAUUUGUGUAUAAAAAUAUAAAUGGUAGGUUGUGUAAUUCAAAUCUAGAACACUAUUAUUAUUAAUAAACUUAAUUUCCGUUGAGCUACAACUCAUUUGUUGUUCGAUUUUGAACAAUGUGUAAUUGUAAAAAGUCAUUCCCUAUCUCUAAUUAUUUCAAUCUAAACUAAUUUCAAUCUAUCCUUAAUUUGUAUUGAUUUUAUGAUUGUACGACAAGUGUUGAAGAGUCUUUCAGCUUUGGGUUACAUCAAGAACAAGUUUACAAAUCGAAUAUGCGAUAAGUUCCUGAAUGAUUGUCUAGUAGAGUAUAUGGAGAAUUUUUUUUAACACUAUAAACACCAAGUGUAUUCUGCAAUUAUUUUCGAAUAUGAAAACACAUCAUGGACCUUUUUAACCUGUACAAGUAAGGUAUUUUCAUAUUCACAAUUUUAUUUUUAUUAAUUAUUUUUAUUUAAUUUAUUUUUUAAAAGAGGACACCCUAUAAAAAUUUCUGGGUCCGCCACUGAUCACAUUACAGUAUGGUUCGGACAAAAUCCGAAAGUAUGUAUCUCUUAACUUAAUUCUUAACCGUUGGAAUUAACUUACAAACCCAACAUUAAACGGCCUUAAUCGACAAAGUGAAUGAACAUUGAGCUGAGCUGAGCUGAGCUAAGGCAUGACGCAAGACCAAAAUGAACACUAAUCCAAGAAAGGGAUGUUUAUCAUAAACUAUACGAGUUGUUUUAUUAGGCAAAUACAUUAUUAUGUAUACACGGUUCCUGUCUUACUUAUCUCGAUCGUAUUGUCAUUUGGACUCUAUCUAAGUAAGCUACUUAGCUUGCAGCAUUUGUUUCAGACUUGGGAACGUAAUAAGCCGACCAAUCCCCACGUAACGACAAUGAACUGAAUAUACGCCAUUUGUUGAUUUGUUAACAAGGUAUGCAUGGCGAAAAGGUUGUCUGGUUGGUAAACAAUAUGCACAGGAAGAAUUUUUUAAAUGGUACCGGAGGUUAAUUAUAUCGGAAAAAAUUAGAGGUAGAUUUGUUUGUAUUGAGAAUCGUGAUCUAAUUAUAAUUCGAUCAUUUCAUAAUCUCUAAAAAUUAUUUAUUAACUUGAAUUCUGUUAGUAAAAUUUUCAGAUCGAACCACUAGUACGGCAUGAUUUUACGAAUAAUUAUAAACAAUUAUAUAUAUAUAUUUGCAUCAUCACCAAUAUUCUAGAUUGUUGUAUUGUAUUGGUUGGCUUUCUGUGAACUUGAUGGAGAAACUAUACGUAUGUGACAAGAUAUUUAAGUUAAUAAUAUUAAUUAAUAUGU